AAGAGUACUAGACCAACACGGAGGUUGUAGCUCGUAAACAACACACCUGAUUGUGAUUGCUUCAGGCUAAAAAUGACGUCAGCUGCGGCCCAGGGGCUGCACAGUUUGUCGACGAAGCUGGCGACGUCGUUUUUAUCGAAAAGCGAGAGCAAAAAAUCCUGGCUGAAACUUGUCGCUGCACCAGAGCCCAGCCCGGACCGGCACCCUCUCUCGGGUCGGCACAUUUUUCGGCGCGAGGAGAGCGGAUUGGACGACGAGGUGAGGACAGGGGACAUUCCGAUAUUAAGACAGCUUUUUAUAUCAUCAUGAAUUCAACUGCGAGAAGAUGAGUGCUUGGUGCUGACAAAAAUUGUUCAGUCCGUGAUGUACGAGUACGCACGCAUGACGAAAUUUCAAAUCUCUCAAAUUAUUCCACACAGGAACAAUCUCCUCCAAAUGACGCUUUUGCCCGGACACACUCGAAGACCGUGCCUUUGGCCGAGGACAUGGACACGCCGCGGGGGAGUCCAACCGAUGAAUCCCCGGUGAACAACAUUGGGGAAGAAACCAAUUACGACCGCGCGCCUCUCUCGGCUCGGAUUUCAUUUUCCUCGACGAAGGAAGAUGAGGAUAGUACCUUGACGAGCAAAAAAUCCACGUCCACCAGCCGGACUUCCAGUCGCAGCAGCUGCUUCUCCGUUGUGCAGGUCACGAACAAAUCCCGCUACAGUCUGGAGCGGUCCGCGGCCGUGGGCGCGGCCUACGCCGACCCGACGAAGAAGCCACGCGCCACCAUCGCGGGGACGAAGGCGACGAACCUGACGCCACCCCCGGCCGGGGCGGACGACGGGAAUGUGGUGUUGAAACAGCGAACCACGAUCCCCAUCAUGCGGGCCACGGAGCUGAUGCCGCCGCCGAGACCGCCGCGCCGGGCCGCGAGCUUCACCGUGGGCGGAUCCGGGUCGGUUGCGAAAAUCCCCACUGCGGGAUUGAAGUCUUUAUUCCGCCGCGCAGCAACCACGUCGCUGAUCGACAGCGGAGGUGACAAGAAUCUUAAACCAACGGCGCUCCAAAAGCAGUCGAGUUUCUCCAAUUCCGCAGGGCCAGAAAUACGGUCUUUCCCACCGUGGAAGAAGGAAAAGGAAAUGUUGUUCCAGAGUGCUAGGAAUGUCAAAAACACCAAAGCUCCGGUGUCAAACGACUCAGAGAGUCAGGAGUGCAGUAUUGAAGAGGACCAGGAAUUGUCCCUCGACGAAGACUUCUCCCUCCCACCGAGCGGCAAGGUGUUCUUACAGCCAGGCGGCGUCGUGGCCGCGGCGACGUCCACCACCUCCACCACCGCCAGUUACCACCUGAGUCCGACACGCUCUACUUUUACGGUGGGAUCGACCCUUUCGGAAAACCACAACCCCAUGAAGCUCCUGGAUCCCGUGAACGAAAUGACACCGCCAAGGGAUAGUGUUUUUCGGGAUAGGUGGGAGGAAGAAGAGGAAGACGAAAGUAAAUCGGUGCAAGAAACGGAGUCAAUUACAGCAGAAGAGGCUGCCUUUGCUGCGAAGGCCCCGAAAGACCGGUUUUCGCUCCGCCGCAUUGUCUUUGGGAGCAAGCGGUCAGCUUCGAAGGUGAUUCCAGACGUCGUCGCGUAGGGAGGGGUGGGGUUGACAUGCUCGCGUUUCACAACUUUAAGUCGCUUAAGUAUUCAGACACGUUUGGUCAAUUUGAAUGUUUACUAGAAACGAAUAAAAUCAUCGGCAAGAAAAUUCAAUGUGUUUCGGUAGGAAAUAGUGACCUACAGAGCGAGAAAGAAGUUUCGGUUUGUUUCUUAUUUUCGUACUAGCGGAGAAUCUGUUGUCAAUCGAGAGACCGGAAGCAGUAGUCUGUUGAUACGUAUCAAUGAAUGUAGAAUGUUUUUAAGGCAAUUUACUUUUCUCAUCUUCUUUGUCCGAACUUUACGUAUGAUCGCAUAAUUUUUCUCUCGUCACACCCAGGCCCAAAUACGACACCUCGCCCCGGUUCUCUCUGAGUGUAGGUCUUUUCCCCCGUUUCAGCAAUAAAUGCACCAUGCUGUGAAAACUGUACAAGAAUUUUUACAAAGGCUUGAAGGCUUGCUCUUUUCAGUACAGUUUACAAGAAAGAGAAACCCAAAUUUGCAAAAAUAUAAGUUUGCUCGUUUCCUUGUAUUGCAUUAAAGCGAACGACUGUCGAACAGUGCGAGAGCCGAAGGAUUGGCGUUGCAAAUGCUGGAUAUGCUUUGUGUUGUGGCUUGUUCUCUCUGAUUUAGGCUGGCUCCGAUAUUCUUGUAAGUACUAGCAACAAUGGGGGACAACUCCGGCGCACGCAGCAGUAAUCAAUCGGCCGCGGAGGACGAUCGAAACGCCGCUGCCGAGGCCGCACUUAACACGGCGCUGGAAGCGGCAGAAGCAACGAAGGAUGCGUCGGUGACAGUCACCCAAGAGGUUUCGUACCCCGUUAAGGAGAUUUAUUACAAAGUGGCGGACGCCUUUAGAGACUACUUCUUCCCAGCGGAAGCACGAAGGAAAGGUGCAGCAUGCGAAAAAGUAGUACCCACCUUCUACUACGAUAAUACGCUGCAGCCCGGGUCUGCGCCGGGAUAAGCUGUUUAGUGAAAGAGAAAGAUCAACAGGAUUACGUCGAAAAGCCACGACGACAAAAACUUUAGGUGAAGUUGUAAAGCGUGCAUCUGUCUUGCGUACAGAUCCGCAUCAAGCAAAUAU